CUUCCUGAGGUUCCGGAAACGCGUCAGAGUGAGCCCUCCUGUGCAUCGCCUGCUCUCUGCUUUAGGAAACGUGUCCUUCCUGAGCUCCGGUAGAUGAAGGAGCCUCAUUUCUCGGCCUCGGAACAUCUCCAGCAGAACCUCUGAAUAGACCCGUAAUGGCAGAAGCGGAAGCCGCGCUGAACGCCUCGGACUCUAACGGGACCGAAGCGGUGAACGCCUCGGCUAAGUUCGUGGCCACUCCGGAGGGGACGGCGCUGGCCUACGGCAGCCUGGUGCUCAUGGCCCUGCUGCCCAUCUUCUUCGGAGCCCUGCGCUCCGUCACCUGCUCCAAGUCCAAGGAGCUCGGAGAGAAUUCCUACCAUUCUGGCUUCAGAAAUUCGGCUGAUGCUCCAGAGACCAUCACCAGUCGGGACGCGGCCCGGUUCCCCAUCAUCGCCAGCUGCACCCUGUUUGGACUCUACCUCUUCUUCAAGGUCUUCUCUCAGGAGUACAUCAACCUGCUGCUGUCCGUCUAUUUCUUCGUCCUGGGCGUCCUGGCUCUGUCUCACACCAUGAGCCCGGCCAUGUCCAGAAUCUUCCCGGCAUCCUUCCCCAACAAGCAGUACCAGCUGCUCUUCACCCAGGGCUCUGGAGAGUCCAAAGAAGAAAUUGUGAAUUAUGAGUUCGACACCAAGAACCUGGUGUGUCUGGUGCUCAGCAGCGUGGUGGGGGUCUGGUACCUGCUCAAAAAGCACUGGAUAGCCAAUAACCUGUUUGGGCUGGCGUUCGCGCUGAACGGGGUGGAGCUGCUCCACCUGAACAACGUCAGCACUGGCUGCAUCCUGCUGGGGGGGCUGUUUGUCUACGACGUGUUCUGGGUGUUUGGGACCAACGUCAUGGUAACGGUGGCCAAGUCAUUCGAGGCACCAAUCAAACUGGUGUUCCCUCAGGACCUGCUGGAGAGAGGCCUGGAGGCCAGUAACUUCGCCAUGCUGGGACUGGGAGACAUCGUCAUCCCAGGGAUCUUCAUCGCCCUGCUGCUGCGCUUCGACGUCAGCUUGAAGAAGAACAGCAGGACCUACUUCUACUCCAGCUUCCUGGCCUACAUCUUCGGACUGGGCCUCACCAUCUUCGUCAUGCACACCUUCAAACACGCUCAGCCCGCUCUGCUGUACCUGGUUCCCGCGUGUGUCGGCUUUCCCGUCAUUGUGGCGCUGGCCAAAGGAGAGCUGACGGAGAUGUUCAGCUACGAGUCUUCAGAGGAAGUCCUUCCUGCCUCUCCACGGAUCACUUCCUUCCCGACCGUCAGCGGCUCUCCUGCCAGCCUGGCUUCAUCCAUGGAAACCUUGAAAACCGCCUCCUCCCUGCGUUUCCGUCGUCCUCAGCCUGACUCCAUGUAGACCCCAUCACCUGGGCAGGUACGAGGAGUCUUCUGAGGAGGAGGAGCCUAAAGAGGAAAAAGGGUCAUCAGGAGCUGAGAAGAAAAAGGACCAAUAGGAUCCAUCGCUGCCAUCCCCCAAAUCCCCUCAUUUUACUGAAGCCCCGCCCACUCAUGCUGAAGGCGAGGCUUAUGUUGCCAACGAUUUUGUGUCCAGUCUCCAUGGUUACGGUGCUGCCUGACUUCUCCUCGCCACGGCUGCAGCCAUGAAAACAGGAGCUGCUGAGGGGCGGGACCAAAUGCGUGGGCGGGGCUUGAACCUGGCCUGCUGGGAUGGAGCAGGAAGCAGUAGACGGUGGUGGUUGGAGAGUCUCUGCUUCCUGGUUGAUCUGCUUCUGUUGCUCGCUGUCAUUCUUUCCGCUCAGCUUCACUUUGUUCCUGUAAAAAUGUUUGAAAUCAGUUCAGGUUUUUCUUUGUCGUCGCUUCAGCAGUGAGGGCGUCGGAGCCAGCGCCAUGUUGGACAGGUCUGUUUUAGAGACGGGAUUCAGUAGAACCGUCUCCUCUGGAACAGAACUUCAGCAGGACCAACAAACACCGUUCAGCUCCCAGUUCAUCAGAACCUCCCCCUGUGAUUGGUGGACAGACUGGAGGAGGAGGAUCAGCCCGGCCAAUCAGCAGCCAGGAGCUAAAGAGUGUCUGGUUCUGAUGAAAGGGAGCAUUUAUUGUCCAGUUUCUCACAGUGUCAAAUAAAUUAAAACAUUAAAUUCUGGUCCUGAUGGUCGGGUCCUGAUGGAUCCUGAUGGUCGGGUCGUUUGGUGUCCAUGGAUCGGGUCGUUGAUCUGCAGAGGAGCUCGGACAGUAACGGGUCGGUCCGUGGAGUAACAGGAAACCGAGGAAGAAGGAUGGAUUCCCUGGAACUACAUUUCCCAUGAUGCCCAGCCACUGCUGAACAGACCCAGAUGGUCCUAAAGUUCUGCCUGGGUCCGGUUCUGUUCAGAAACUAGCUGAUGUUUCUCAAAUGUUUUCUUUUUCUGCCCAAACUGUCUGUUUGCAAUAAAGCUCUCGGUGGUUCCGUCUCA